AAUAAAAAUAAAAAUGAGUCCAUCAUCUCUGUUUGUCUCUUCAACGACACAAUAAGAAUCAAGAAGAAGAAAAAAAAGGAAAGAACAAGAAAAGCAAAAUGAAGGCUGCUUACUCGAGGAUGAUGCCCAUGAUACUGAAAAUAGCCUCAUCAUUACCUCUAUCUCUCUCCUCUCGUCAAAUGGAAUCACUUUCUGCAAUCUCUGAUACUUUUCUACCUUCAAUCGACCUCUGCAACACAACUAAUAACAACAUUUCGACCCAUGACGACAAUGAUUCUAUUCACAACUUCUACAAAACCUCAGCUUCCAUGGCUAAAACGCCUCAAAAUAUUGGAUUAGCAAUCACAGAGAAAUUUGCGCAUCCAGCGUUGGGAAUGUUGAGAUUCGCUCUUUGGAUGCUGUCGACCAAUUUAGGAACGUUGAUAUUUUGUGGGAGAUUGAGUUUGAAGAAGGAAUUCCCAUACUUUCAGAAGUUUUCGGCGGUGAGUCCGGAGAUCCGAGAGGAGAUAUUAAGAGAAUGGUCAAUGAGUUAUUUCUAUCUACUCAGGAUGCUCUUCAAUUCCACCAAGUAUCUCACUCUAUUGUUCUUCUUCACUCAGAUCGACGAGAACAAUGAGAACCAGUCAUGGAAAGCAAUGGACUACUGUGGACCAGACCCGGAAUUCUUAAAGCACACUAAAGAACCAAGUGGAGGAAAUAACAAAAAAGAUUGCAUAGAUGAUGAUGACGAAAAAAACUUGUUUGGUCCUCUCUAUAGAGGAAUCCUUCGUCCAAAACAUAGCCUCACUGGAACUCUAAAACAAUCUGGCUUCCCUUUCCAUAUUCACGAUUCCUCUUCUCGUGCUGUGACCAUUCCAUGUGAUGUAGUGAUCAUAGGUUCAGGAUCUGGAGGAGGUGUUGUUGCAGGUGUUCUCGCCAAAUCCGGCUAUAAAGUGUUUGUUUUAGAAAAAGGAGACUACUUUGCAAGAUCAACACUGUCACUACUCGAAGGACCCAGCAUGAGUCAAAUGUACCAAGGUAGUGGAUUGCUUGCUACCGAGGAUCUUGGUGUUGUCCUCCUUGCUGGCUCCACUGUUGGUGGAGGCUCUGCCGUCAACUGGUCCGCUUCAAUCAGGACACCACAACACGUUAUGAAUGAAUGGUGCAGUCGACAUGAGCUUGAAUUGUUCAACAGCAAGUUAUAUAGAGAAGCAAUGGAUGCUGUAUGUGAUAGAAUGGGAGUUCAAUCGUGUGCUCACGAAGAAGGAUUCAACAAUGCAGUUCUAAGAAAAGGCUGCCUUGAAAUGGGUUACCCGGUAAAUGAUAUUCCAAGAAACUCCACACCUGAUCAUUACUGUGGAUGGUGUACUUUUGGUUGCAAGGACGGCAAGAAGAAAGGCACGGCAGAGACAUGGCUUGUCGACAUGAUGGAUUCUGGUAAUGGUCUGAUUUUACCAAUGUGUGAGGCCAAGAAGAUCUUAUAUGAGAGAAAGAAAGGUAGGAAUCGAGACACGGCAACUGGGGUUGCUUUUGAAUUUGAUAAUGGCCAUCAAAAAGAAGUUCAUGAGGUGCAAGCAAAGGUGGUAGUGGUUGCUGGGGGCGCAAUGGGAACCCCGGUGCUCUUUAAAAAAAGUGGACUAAAGAAUCCCAACAUUGGAAAACACCUGCAUCUUCAUCCGGUAGCAAUGGCGUGGGGAUAUUUCCCUCCUGAAACGCCACUUCUCAGUGAUGUCUGGCCAGAAAAAGAAAAAAGGAGUUAUGAAGGCGGUAUAAUGACAGCUAUGUCUACGGUUGUUGCAGAUUUUAACAAGACGGGAUAUGGUGCAGUGAUACAGACUCCAGCAUUGCACCCAGGUAUGUUUGCGGCACUGACUCCAUGGGUAUCAGGAGUCGACUUUAGACAGAGAAUGUGCAAGUUUUCCAGGACUGCACAUAUAUUUGCCUUGGCAAGAGAUGAAGGGUCGGGAGAGGUAAAGUCAAUGAACACUCUGUGGUACAAGAUGGACCAAAGAGAUGAACAGAAGCUAAAGAGGGGGACGGAGAAGAUGCUGAGAAUACUAGUGGCGGCCGGGGCUGAAGAAAUUGGAACACAUCAUUGUGAAGGGAAAAGGUUGAAAGUGAAGGGAGUGAGUUGGCAUGAGUUGCAGAGAUUCAUAAAGGACGAAAGUGAGAAGGGAGUGACGGAACUGGUUAGGCCGAUUAGUUCUGCACAUCAAAUGGGGAGUUGUAGAAUGGGAGUGGAGGCAAGCGAAUCAGUGGUGGAUCAAAGAGGGGAGACUUGGGAGGUGGAGGGACUGUAUGUGGCUGAUUCUAGUGUGUUUCCUACUGCAUUAGGUGUGAACCCCAUGGUGACUGUUCAAGCCAUUGCUUACUGCACUGCACAUUCAAUUCUUGAGGUUCUAGGGAGGAAGAAAGAGAGAUACCUAUAUUAAUACUCCUCUAAACAUAAAGUAAGCAGUACUCGGAACUAGUAAGGUCGGCACUCUGAUCUAAUCCGACUCAACCAGCUUGAGUUUGAAUAUUCUACUCUUAUGCACACAUAUACCUGACAAGUGGUUGGAGUGAGGGCCAAUAUAACUUCUUAUUAAAACAAACCCUAAAAUCGUUUGGGAUGAACUCCACAACCUAGCAAACCCUAGAUCCUCUUGUUGUCUCCAUGUAUUCUCAAGUGUAUUCUGUGUUAUUUUUGAGUAUGUAAUGCUCCACCUUUUGAAUAAAAACUAAAUAAAAAUAUU